AAGGGACUUUCAUGUCACGUGCGAGAACAUGCACUGGCAGUCAAAUGUACGCGCGUGAUGCCAGACAGCGUGACGUAACGAGAGGCACCGCCCACCCCCCCCAGCAUCAAAUGAAACUGCUCAGCGCGCGCUUGCCGAGCAACAUCUUAACAACGGCACAGCUCGGUGAGGUAGGUGACUUACUACCGGUUCCUGGUCUUCUGCGUUUAAAAAAAGAGAAUGUCGUACACUAAGUUUGUAGCAGGUCUUAUUAAGACAAACUGCGGCAACAUCAAGAAAAUACGCGUUUCACCUGGAAGGUAUCGCUCAACAGUGGCAUCCACCAAGAGCCAUGAAGAGAAAGAGCAACAGAUGGAUGGCUGCACCGUGGUGGAAACUGAACCGGUUGAACUCAUCAGCCAGACCAAAAGUGUUACAAACACACAGUUGAAUAAAAUCCACAUUGACUUCGACAACACCCAGGAAGCCUACAGGAGCAAAGAUAACAUUGAGCUGCUCCGAAGUCUGCUGGUCUUCAAGCUUUGUACAUUUGACUUCCUCGUUGAGAAGAACAAAGAGUUGAUGGAGCUGAGUAAGAAGGUUCUUGGUCAAAGGAUGUUUGAUAAGAUGAUGAAGAUGACCUUCUAUGGCCAAUUUGUGGCAGGGGAAGACCACAACUCCAUCAAACCUUUAAUCCAGAAGAAUCAGGCCUUUGGUGUGGGGGCAGUUUUGGACUAUAGUGUUGAAGAGGACUUGACACAAGAGGAGGCAGAGAAGAAGGAAAUGGAUUCCUGUGUUUCUGAAGCAGAGAAAGAAAGUCCAGAUGCUGAUCAUCGUGAGAGGAAGUACAAGGCCCAUCGUCAGUUUGGGGACAGACGUGGAGGCGUUAUAAGUGCUCGCACCUACUUCUAUGCAGACGAGGCCAAAUGUGACAACCAAAUGGAGACAUUCAUAAACUGCAUUAAAGCCUCUGGGGGAGCCUCUGCAGAUGGAUUUUCUGCCAUCAAAAUGACUGCUCUGGGACGCCCACAGUUCCUUCUCCAGUUUUCGGAAGUCUUGGUAAAGUGGAGACGGUUCUUUAACUUCCUCGCAGCACAACAAGGAAAAUCUGAAAUGAUGGUUUUGGAACAAAAACUGGAACUGGAACAACUCAAGGAAAGUUUGACUAAGCUGGGUGUUGGCGCCAAGGAUGACAUUGAGAAUUGGUUUACUGGAGAGAAGCUGGGUUUGUCAGGAACGAUAGAUCUGCUGGACUGGAACAGUUUAAUAAACGAUACAACAAAAAUCUCCAAUCUGCUUAUGGUGCCAAACCUUGAGACAGGUCAGCUGGAACCUUUAUUGAACAAGUUUACAGCUGAGGAGGAGAGACAGAUGAAGAGAAUGCUGCAGCGAGUGGAUGUUCUGGCCAAGCAUGCUAUGCAGAACGGUGUAAGGCUAAUGGUGGAUGCAGAGCAGACAUACUUCCAACCAGCUAUUAGUCGACUGGCCCUGGAAAUGCAGAGGAAAUUCAACAGAGAAAAGCCAAUCAUUUUCAACACCUAUCAGUGUUACCUCAAGGAAGCUUAUGACAACGUAACUGUGGAUGUUGAGCUGUCACGGAGGGAGGGCUGGUACUUUGGUGCCAAGCUGGUUCGUGGAGCCUACAUGUACCAAGAAAGAGCCAGGGCCACUGAGAUUGGCUACGAAGACCCAAUUAACCCGGACUAUGAGGCCACUAACAGGAUGUAUCACAAGUGUUUGGAGUACGUGCUGGAGGAGAUCGAACACAGCAGGAAAGCUAAUAUCAUGGUCGCAACUCACAACGAGGACACAGUGAAAUUUACCCUACAAAUGAUGAAUGAGAUGGGCCUUUCCCCCACUGAGAAUAAAGUUUACUUUGGACAGCUGCUGGGCAUGUGUGACCAGAUCAGCUUCCCACUAGGUCAAGCAGGUUUCCCUGUCUACAAGUACGUCCCGUAUGGCCCAGUCAACGAGGUCAUUCCCUAUCUGUCUCGCCGUGCUCAAGAGAACCGCGGCUUCAUGAAGGGAUCCCAGAGAGAGCGCAGCCUGCUGUGGAAGGAGCUGAAACGCAGGGUGCUGGGUGGUCAGAUAUUCUACAAGCCUGUCUACUGAAUCACAAGGCGAUAACAUACUAACUGCAGUAUGUCUUUAAGCAUUCCAUCAUCUUAACUGUACCACUAACUGUUCUUUGUAGAGGAAGAUUAAUGUCCUUCCUUUGCUUGUUUGGUUGCAAAGUGUGGGAGAAAGUUUGUGAUUUUCUGACAGGUGUUGCAAGUGUAAUUUGGUUUGUAUUGGAGGUGUCUUUUGCUUGUUAUUUAAUAAGGAAGGUUUUAAAACAUGGCCCAAUCAAUACAUUGUGGAGAUUCAUAUGCUUCUCCAUCAACAAGUGAUGAUUGAUAUUAGUUUUUAAAUCAGUAUUUGGUUAUUUAACUUAAAAAAAAAAUGCCAUGGUAAUCAUCAGAUUCAACACUGGAAAAACAUGCUCCUUUUUUAAAAGAACUGCAACUGAUUAUACCUCUAAAUGUCAAUCCUUUCUCAUGUACAGCAUGGAGGAUAAGAAAAGUAUAUUGUGUAUGUAUAGUUACCCAAAGGUGGCUUAUUGUAUGUAGGAGCUGACACUCACUGUGUCCUUUGUUCAGUGUUAAGUGUAUAUUAUGUAACUGUAACUCAGAAGUGCCUAAUGAUUGUUUUCAUGAGAUUAACUGUACUGUAGAACUUGUUUUGUUUUUGUUAAUGUACACUCAUACACAUGGAGAUUUUAAAUUAUUUUGGCAUGUUUAUUUGAUUUAUGUGUGUCAUUGUAUCAAUCUACUGUACAUUAAUUUAUCUGAACAAAUAAUUUAAUUAUUGUGCAGCAUAGGGAUCUGAUUACAUAAAAAUGUCUUAGAUUUGUAAAGCUCUAUAUUCAUACUCCUGGUUUUAAGAUGUAAUCUGUUGUUCAUUAAAGCAUGUACAGUAAAUGCAGCAUUACAAACCAGAUGAUCCUCCUGCAGAAGCUAACCAUCAUCACCUCUUACUGUUGUCCUAGUGUGGUUUAUAGUUGACAUGUGCCAGAUGGUCCUGAUGACUUCAGAUUUCUCUGAAGUCAAGAACAUCUUCUGUUCAUCAAACAUGGACAGUAACAGCAACACGUGGUCAAAGCAGAACAGAAAAACCGCACUCAAGUACCGUAAGAACACCUGCUCUGUUGCAUAAGCUGCUGUGGGAGAAGAGAGCCUGUGGUGUUCAGUUUGUUAUUGUAGAGAAGGGUUCAGAAAGACUGGUUCUGUCAGUGUCUCUGGUUUCAGUGCUGCCCAUAGCCUGUGAAUCACUUGUAAUUGUGUCACCCAAGGAAGUCUAUUUAAAGAUCGUUUGAAUGAAAGUGAUAGAAAAAUUAUUUAAAUUCAAAUGUUUUUAAGGACUGGAAGUGAAACAAUACGAUAAAAUGUCCUUAAACUUUUGUAAAAGUCGUAAAAUUUUAAAAUGUUAUGACUUUAAAUAAAAUAUACAGGGUACUUUUGGAGACACGACUAAACUUAAUUAAGUUGGUUGAAUUACAGUUGCGUGAUGUGUAUUUUACGUACAGUACUGUAGCCAUGAGGAUUUGAUAAAGGUCAGUCAUUUGAGUUAAUUUUAGUGUGUCUUUCACCUUGAAUGUUCCACACUGUUAGUACGUUUGUUAAUGCAGUAAGAAAUAUGGUCUUAUUUUUGUGCAGUUGCUUUGAUGUUUUUCGUUCUUUUUUGUUUGGUUUCCUAAUCACUGCUGUAUCAGUAUAAACCAUAUGUUGUACAGUUGUAAAAUAUAUGUAAUUAUUGUUUUGAAACAAUAAAAUACAGACAACUUGAAAAGAAA